AUGCGUAUUGAGCGGCGCAACCUUCUGCAGCGGGAACUGAUAUUUUACAAUGAGUGCUACCACGUUCUGCUGGCACUCCCCCGAUGGGCACUUGACCCCGUGCGAUUCCCUGCUAUUGUGAGAUCAAUGGUACGCCGAGUGCGAGGUUUGAAUGACGAGCUCACAGCGCUACGUAUUGAAGAAGAGGAAGACGCCGAGAUUUUUGAGCAUUUGUGGGGAGGAGGUUUUUGA